AUGGUGGCAUCGAAUAACGCUGGGAUGUUUCGCUUCCAGGGCGUCGGCUCAGACCCUCACACGGCUCUGGCUCUUCCCUCCGACUUCAAACUCCACAAAGAGAGCGACCUGCAGCUGUCUGAGGAGAUGAGCAUCCGGAUAGGUUCUGCAGAUGAUCCAGAAUGUGAAUGUGUGACCCCAGACCCAGCACUAUCUGCAUCCUUGCAGUAG